AUGGCGAUCUUCAAAACAUGCUGCUGCUGCUGCAGAAUCAGAUCUGGCUGUUUGGUGGCAGCGGUGUUCUUCAUGGCUGUUGCGUCAGUGGAUCUGGCUAACACUGUAACGUCACUGAAGGAAGAGUUCAAACCAGUUCUCUGCAGCAGCGCUGUAGCCGAUGUAGUGAUGAUCAUCAUGAGUCUGGCUUUGAUGGUGGGGGUGCUGCUGGCCAAUAAGUGGCUGUGUCUGGCGUGGAUCACCUACGCAGCAGUCUUUAUGGCGACGGGAACCAUCAUUGCCAUCGUGCACGUCGCCACGGAGGCGGUGGAGUUCGAAAACAUCCUGGCCACACUCAACACUCUGAACAACGGCAACGGGACGUCGUACAACGUCGAUGUCUUGAGGGAGGGAAAAGCUAUGGAACUCGGCAUCCUGAUGGCGGUGUAUAUCGUUGCAGCAAUACCGAUGUGUAUCCUGCUCCUCGUGGUGAUCUCUCACUACCAGAACCUGCGGGACGGCGUGGAGGAUGACGAGUCAUUGCCGAUGCCAUACGAGUUGACGGAGUACAAUGGUCUCUCCAAGCAGCGCAGAAAACAAGAGAGAAUGAUCCGGGAAGAUGCGCCAUCUAACAUGCACGGGAAGCAUGGUUAUUACAGACCUCGGCCAGAGUUCCCGAGGUCCAUCACGCUGCGGCCCGAGGUCCAAACGGCAGCGUACUUCACACCCGAGGUCGGCCCCAGGCUCGAGGUCCAGACUGCCGAGGUCAAUCCUGGAAGAGGUCUCAGCCUCGAGGUCCCUGGGUCUGCGGUUAAGGCGCCCGAGGGCCCCAAUGAGUCCCCUGUGAGUCAGCAUUCCGAGGGCGCACAGACGUGCACCGAGGUUGUCGUGUUCACGGACACAGCGAAGACUGCGUCAGAACCGACGCCCGAUGUCUACUCGCCGGAGAGCCUCAGUCCUGAUGACCUGGGCAUGACGUCAUCAGGAUGCGUGCCUACCUGCACCCCCAAAUGCCUCCAACAGGAGGCGCUGCUACCGAACCAGCCAACGCGUACAGACACAACAAACAAACCAUGAAACAUGUUUGAAGCAUUCUUUAUCACUCUCAUCUACAAAUAGAGUCCUCACGCCCCCCUACAUAUGUAUUAUAACUGGGACUUAGUCAACGCUCUUAAAAAUUUCAUUAAAAUACAUGAGAAUCAAAUUUAUUCCAUACAAAAUAUCAUGCCACCAAUUCAUAUCAAAAAUUGCUGUUUGCAGUGGAUUUUGGUUUCCUUCUACCCACAAUUCCCAACUGUCGCCAUAUUACCCGCAACGAAUCAUGGGAAGUCUAAGAUAGUAACUAAACUAAGGGCUGCGAAAUUGGUCUUAACUCAUUCCGACAGUUCGAUAUUGCCUUGAACCCUACUUGUCUUUCCGAAGGAUAUCCUUCCUCCAAAUUAAUCAGGCCUCUCUCCAAGAAAGCUCUAUCAUUACCACCGGAAGAAAAAGGUACUUGAUGCCAGCUCCUUGACGUGAAGAAGUCUUGAAAAUUCCCUUCUUCAGUACUCUUCUCGGUGUUCCUGCUUAGUGCAACAACAUUUCGCUUGAUGAGUAUGACUAUACAUGCAGGUUAUAAGAUGAGUAGUGAGAAUCUUGUAUAAAGUGCUUUUUUGACAGUUUCUUGUGCUUGCUAAGAUGACUUGCAGACAUGUCAGAAACAACUAGUGACUGUGAAUUCUAAUGUAUAGCCAAUAGUAGGCUUCGUUGCUGUGCCAUUUUUGUCCUAUUGUGUGGCGUUAUCUGGUUGGAUGUCAGUUUUCUAUCGAUUGUUAUAGGCUGCCAGUAACCCAUUGAAAAUCGAAAAGUUCAUUUGCACACUUACACAUUUUUCAACCGAGACGGGGGUCGCAACAGACUGCCCAGCACCUUUUACCCUUUGCCGACAUCAUACUUCCGUUCAUAUCAUGUGACAUAGAUUUUGGGUCAUUUUUACUCGAGAAGGAUCACAGGAAAGCUCGUUUGCAAACUUGGUAUACAAAAAAAUGUUUUAUAAUAAUUCAGAAAUAAUAAGCAAACGAGGAUCCAACCACGAAGCCUACUAAAUUUAUAUAGGCUCGAGUGCACAGCUUUGUAAAUAAGAGUAUAGCUUUUGACAAAGAAAACGUCGACUUUACCGGAAUAUAGAUGUUUUAUACAUGGACAUUAGAUUCACCCCCACGCUUCUACAUAUUGGUUUACGGUACUUUGAUCAUAUUUCGAUAGCCAUCUAGUUAUGAAUUCAUAAGUCUAUGUCUUUCUAGUCGACACAAGCUGACCCAUGUUAUUAUACACACCAUUGGUUUUC